AUGAGGACGGCAUUCACGUCCUCUUCGAAGGAUCAGGAAGAUUGUCUAACUCAGGAUAACCCAUCCUUCAGAUUCAUCGAUGUCCAUGAGUACGUGUCAUCAAAUCUCGAAUCUGUUCAGUAUUAUUUUGAAAACGACACUGUGAGAGUAAGAAAUGAAGUCGGAGAAUCUACACCAUCUUCAGAAAGCAUUCCAAGCGAGCCAACGUGUCCUAGAGCAUUUGUGGAAUUUAACGACAGACUAAAUCAGAAAGACAUUAUUGUGACAUUCAGGUGGAACAAACCUAAAUUUACAAAUGGAGUGAUACAAAAAUAUACAGUUCAAUAUUGGUUUUUUGAGAAUCAAAUAAUUCAUAGAAGAGUUGCUAUAAUCUCAAAUUUCACGAUAUUGCAACUUAAAGUGUACAAUUUAAAACCUGAUGAAGUGUAUUAUUUCAAAGAACAAGCGCAUAACAAAUUUGGUGCUGGCACUUAUACUAAGUUUAUCAAUGUGUCGACCACACAUGAGAAUCCAGUACCUUUAUUACUCGUCAAAAAGAAAAGUGAAUUUUAUGUAUUGGAUAUAGAUUUAUAG